AUGGCCAGUCCAGCUGCUCUGCUGGUGUCCAUCAGGCACCAAGCAGGGGCUCUCCACACACUCCGGGCUGUCGCAGCCCCCCAUCCUCCCCACAGCCUCCCACAGCCUUCCUGCACUCAAACCUUCAGCUCCAGCAGCGUUGGCCCAGCUUGGCACAGCCCGGGAGAGGAAAUGGAGGUGUCCAAGCCUGGUGGGGCUCAGGAGUUGGAGGAAGAGAGAAAAGCCCCAGGGAAAAGCCCCAAGGAAGGAGAAGAGAGUGGAGACCUAUCUCGUCUCAGCCCAGAUGAACCCAGGCCAGAGAGGCUGACCCAGCCAGGGCUGGCGAGGUGUGAGACGCUUCGAGAGAUGGCUCUGCAUAGCAAGAUGUCCCGACUAGUAGAAGCGACUUCUCGGCUCAUACAAGUAGAACAGACUCUCCUGCUCCCUCUCCUACAGCAGCAUCCUCUUUCUUUCCACCCAAAAGUUCCUGCUCCGCUGCACGCACGGAACGGACAGUGUUCACUGUACGAGCAGCUCCGUGAUAUUCAGUUCAGCAUGCGGCUUCGUGUUUGCUGCUCACUGCUCCACGUCAGGGAGGCGAAGAAAACCAGCAGGAACUUGCGACGAAGUCCCCUCUGCGUCCGUGCAACCGGGCGCAGCGUGGGGCUGCAUCCCCCGGGGGUGGCGGACGCGGAGUGCGGAGGAAACGCCGAAGAUAGCAGUGUAUAUGAGGCUUUCUAA